AGUCCUAUUAGAAAACUAAGACAGGUAUAAAUACCCACCAGCCAACGACCUCUCUGUCAUCCUCCUCGAUUUCGCCGUCUCUCACCCUCCCUCUCUUCCUGCAAUUUGAUCUCACCAGGAUCCCAUCAAUGGCCGCCAUCUCAGGAGCUUCUUCGAUCUCCCUCCGCUCUACUCCGCCUCGCUCUCAUCAAAAUCUCGCAUUGUCCAGGACUAAUGGUUUGAGGUCAAUUUCACUUUCUGAUUACGGAAGAAGUUCCCUUUCUUUCGGGUUGCAGCAACGUUCAAUACGCCUUUCUGUUUCCUGCGCUGCCAAGCAAGAAACAGUGGAAAAGGUGUGUACGAUAGUAAGAAAGCAACUUGCAUUACCAGAUGACUCUGCAGUUACCGGCGAGUCAAAAUUUGCAGUUCUUGGAGCUGAUUCUCUUGAUACGGUUGAGAUUGUGAUGGGACUUGAGGAGGAAUUUGGUAUUAGCGUGGAAGAGGAUAGUGCUCAGAGCAUUGCAACAGUGCAGGAUGCUGCCGAUCUUAUUGAGAAGCUCAUUGAGAAAAACAAGGCUUAGAGAUAGUAAUCAAAGCAAGAGUCCGCCUGCCUAUUCACUUCUUAGCCUGCUUUAGACUAGUUGAGUUGCUAAAUAUGAAAUUAUGAAUUUACUAAGUUGCGUUUCUUUGUU